AUGGGCCCAAGGACAGAUACCACUAGCCCACAAUGUCAACCAACGACUGGAGACUUGCCUGGUCGACCUGGCGUGGAAAGUCGGCCAAUCAAGCAACAUCGUGCUAGCACAGGAAGGAGAGUAACAGCACGGCCAGCGCCCCACUCUUCUCCCCCUUCUAUGGCUUCACUGGGCUCGCUAAGCACUCAAAUCCAGAGCUUCAAAUUUGAAUCAGUCAUUCAAGAUGAGAGUGACCCCGAAAUGCAGGGUCGCAAUGUUGAGGAAAGCUCCCAUGCUCAGCUAACUUUGCUCGCACAAGUCCGUGACUGGUUGCAACAAGAGAAAGCCAAGUCUUCAGUGCGGAGGAUGAAGAAGACUGGUGCCACAGAAUCCCCCGUGCCGGCUAUGGCCUCUGGAGACGCUACCCAUGCGGCAACUCGGCAGAGAAGUGAUUCCCAAUGCUCGGAUGGAACAUUGGCUUUGGAAAAACUAGAGCAGAUUUUAGCACAAUAUCCGGUUAGUGGGAAGGAAGGUAUUCCAAGUACUGUAAUCCGCCGGAAGAGAUCGUCAAUCUCUCUCAGGCGUCGAACUAGUACAAGAAGCCUAAGGCGGGGUUCUAUAUCCGAUUCUAAUUACUCGGAUGCUGAUCAAGCUGUGCCCAAUGCUAAUGUUGCCCUUGACAACUCCAAAACUCUUUUAUACGGCGGAGGUGAAGCGGACAGUGAUUUCGGGAACCAGGGCUUAAAUAAACCCGCUUCUAAGGACAAAGAACAUUGGAUAAGAUUCAAAUAUGAAAUCGUACGCCUGACGCAUACGCUGGGCUUAAGGGGCUGGAGACGAGUCCCUAUCGAAGACUCUCGUAAUAUUGAGGUUGUUCGCCUUAGUGGAGCACUAACAAAUGCCGUAUAUGUUGUCUCUCCACCGCAAAACUCACCUAGUACUUCUUCACUUGCGCCUAAGCGUCCUCCUCCGCAACUCUUAUUGCGCAUCUACGGGCCGCAAGUGGAACAUUUGAUUGAUCGAAAGAAUGAACUCCAAAUUCUGCGGCGUCUGGCAAAACGGAAUAUCGGACCCCGUGUACUGGGGUCGUUUAACAAUGGCCGUUUCGAACAGUAUUUUCAUGCCAGAACUCUCACGCCAAAGGACAUUCGAAACCCGGAGACCUCUAAACAAAUUGCCAAACGAAUGCGGGAGCUGCAUGAUGGCAUUGAACUGUUGCCCGAAGAGAUAGAGGGGGGUCCGUCUAUAUGGAAGAACUGGGAUAAAUGGGUUGAGAGAUGCAAACAGGUGGCAUCGUGGUUGGAUCGCGAAAUUAUGUCUUCGCAUAAUCAGUCCAAGUCUGAAACAGAGUGCUGGCGGCGACAAGGCUUUGUGUGCGGUUUGCCAUGGCCAAAGUUCCGGAUGGCAGUUGACGCUUAUCGGAAGUGGCUGGUAAAUUUCUACGGCGGAGCAGCUGCAAUUAAUCAACAGCUUAUAUUUGCUCACAAUGACACGCAAUAUGGCAACCUUCUCCGCCUUGAGCCAAGCGGAGAAUCUCCUCUUCUGCUACCUCCGAACGAGCAUAAGCAGCUUGUAGUCAUCGACUUUGAGUAUGCGUCAGCCAACACUCGCGGUCUGGAGUUCUGCAACCACUUUACGGAAUGGUGCUAUAACUACCACGAUCCAGACCGGCCAUGGGCAUGCAAUACAAAGUGGUACCCCACCCCUGAAGAGCAGGAACGAUUCGUUAGAGCAUAUCUCAAUCAUCGACCACACAUCAUACAAUCGACGGAAAGACGUGAUACCCAGUCCGCACCCACUUCAGUUCCGGAUACAAGUACCUCAUCGAGCGCUGUGGGGACUCCAGUCUAUGCUACACAUUCCAACAGCCCCCGCUUGUCUCCCUUUAUGCUUGACAGUCAGGAUUCGCCUAUCCAACCAUCUUCGCGACAGGUUAACGAUCGAGCCGAUCAAGCUCUUGAUCUAGAAAUACGUAGUCUCCUCCGCGAAACCUUACUCUGGCGUGCGGCGAAUUCUGCGCAGUGGGUGGCGUGGGGGAUCGUCCAGGCCAAAAUCACUGGGAUGGAAGAAGCUCUCGCAGCAGCAGCUUCCGCCUCUGCUGCUUCAACAACGACAGAGAAACAGGCGCCCGAAACAAUGGCCGAAAUGGAGGAAACAAGCACCGCGGAAUCAAACGACGGAAGCGACCACCUCAGUGAGAUAGCCGACGAACACACGGGAGAAUUUGAUUACCUAGCUUACGCACAGGAUCGGGCUCUCUUCUUCUGGGCGGAUAUGUUGUCGCUAGGUCUUAUAAAAGAGAGCGAGUUGCCUACUGACAUGGCCGAGCGUAUCAAGGGACAUGUAAUUGGGUAUUGA